ACCUUGCGGCUGAGCUUGAUAUUGCUCUGAAUGGCCAUUGUAGGUCGUUAAGCUUUCCUCUUGUGAUCAUAGAAUCCAUGUCUGGAAUUGCAGCAAAGCAUCUCCGGAUGGAAGGCGAUCGUAAGGCAUGAGAGAAGGAAUCUGUCAAGCAUCUCCUGACACGCACAGAAUGCACCAUCCCAUGUGUUUACUAAAACAUGCACAUACAACAUGUCAUGGUUGGAUAUCAGCAUGAACCAUGAUGCCAAGACAUCGUGGGCAUGGAAGGGACGGCCGAUGCCAAGGUCUUGGUAGAGGACCUUGGGGGAAACAAGCCGUAUUCAUUCUCGGUGGUUCUGUCUCGUCUUGUCCAAUAUGAUUCAAUAUAAAGGCGGGUAUAGCGAUUGGAACCUUCUUGGCGGAGGAGACAGUCGUGCUUGGCACAGCUACCUUGGGGGUUAGCCCGCGAGGCUUCUCGGCGGAGGAGGAAAUCUCUGUCACAAAGCAAUAUUAGUAGCGCGCCGUUGUGUCGGAGAAAUCCGACUUUGGUGAAGUUUUCCAAGUAAUCGAAAUUACUGCCUGCUAAGCGAGUCAUCGCAUGGGGGCGACACCUUGUGAGAACGGAGGGAUAAAUAGUAAUUGAUCAAGAACUGAUUUCUCGGCCCAUCAUCCUCUCUUCAGUUGAACUUGCAACUGUGACAUCACAAAAACAUGGUCAAUAUGCUUCGGGGGUUGUUUGUGGCGUCUCUUGCAGCCAGCGUGGUGCAUGCGCAGUCCUAUUCGGGAUGUCACACACAUGGCAGCGUGGAAUACUGUUAUGGAGCCGAUGGUGAAGAGACCCCUAUCACUACACAUGCACAGGCGACGGCCACGUCUGUGUCAGCUACUACGACUUCGUCGGCACAGUCAUCCGCAGUGACGGGCUGUCAUAACCAUGGUAGCGACGUCUACUGCAUUAAUGGCGAAGGAAACGAAGUGCAGGUAUCGUUGACCGGAACUCCGACUGGGGAAUUGCCAGCACAGUAUACUGGUUGCCACUCCCAUGGUGGCACACAGUACUGCAUGGAUACAGACGGAAACGAUGUCCAGAUUCUGGAAGAGGGAGAAACCGGAGACGAACACAGUGAUAGCAGCGACUCCAGCAGUUCCUCCAGUGGCGAACAAAACUGUCAUUUCCAUGCCGGGGUUGAGCACUGUGUCGGUGCAGGUGAGUCGGAAGGUUCGAGCCAGCCGUCCUGCGGUGGCCAGAGUCGCGACUAUGAUAUGCCACUGCGCAUUGGAACGUUGUUCGUGAUCCUUGUUACCAGUGCCCUUGGGGUCUUCCUGCCGAUGUUGCUGGUCAAACUUCCGUUUCCCACGAUCAAUACUAUGGCAUCGACUGUUAUCAAGCAAUUUGGUACUGGUGUGAUCCUGUCCACCGCGUUCGUUCAUCUAUACACCCAUGCCAACCUUAUGUUCACGAACGAAUGUCUCGGCGAGCUAGACUACGAAGCCACCACAUCUGCCGUCGUGAUGGCUGGUAUCUUCCUUUCCUUCCUAACCGAAUACAUCGGCCAUCGCUUCAUCGCCGCUCGCGCAAGUAAAUCGGCCCCGGAGUGCUGCGAGGACACACCACCGAAUAAUGACUCCGCAACUCCGAAAGAAAACACAGCACAACGCACGAUGCAGCUCGCUCAGCUAAGCCACAGCCAUGGUACUGACGGUACCAGCCCGAACACGAAGCUAUCGGUCCUGGUGAUGGAAGCAGGUGUGAUUUUCCACAGUAUCCUGAUCGGUCUGACUCUGGUUGUCGCGGGCGACUCCUUUUACAAAACCCUGUUGGUGGUUAUCGUGUUUCAUCAGUUCUUCGAAGGUCUGGCCCUCGGAGCACGCAUUGCGUUGCUUCCGGGCCGCAUCUUCCCCAGUAAAGCCGUGAUGGCGGGUACUUUUGCGCUGAUUACCCCGAUCGGAAUGGCGAUCGGAAUGGGGGUGCUGCACUCAUUCAAUGGUAACGAGAGGAGCACCCUGAUCGCACUGGGAACCCUGGACGCUUUGUCGGCUGGUAUUCUGGUGUGGGUGGGUGUUGUGGAUAUGUGGGCGAGAGACUGGGUGAUGGAAGGAGGCGAGUUGCUGGAUGCGCCCUUGGUUAGAGUGUUGGUGGGGGGAGUGGCUUUGAUAGCCGGUAUGGUCCUGAUGGGUGUGUUGGGCAAGUGGGCCUAA